CCGACGCGCUGGCCGGACACGUGGUGGCGGAGCUGGGCGACAACGCCCGCCUGCUGCCGUCCGAGCUGAGUGACCGGUUCGCGCUGACAAGCAGCGGCCAGCUGAUGGCGCUGGCGCCGCUGCGCCCGCUGGCCGGCCGCGCGCUCCAGCUGGAUGUGGAGCUGGGCGGCGAGCGGCAGACGCUGCAGCUGCACGUGGGCAGGCCGGACGGGCCGCUCCGCUGCGAGCGCGAGCGCUACGAGGGCCGCGUGGUGGAGAACGCGCCGGCCGGCACGGCCGUGGGCGGCGCCGACGCCAUCCUGGCGGCCGGCGCUGGGGCGUACGGACUGGUAGCCGGGAACGAGGCGGGCGCCUUCCGGCUGGAGCCGCGGCCGGGCGGCGCGCCCGGCGUGCGACUUGUCACGACGACGCCGCUCGACCGCGAGCGCCGCGCGCGCCACCACCUCGUGCUCGAGGCCGUGGCGCCGGCCGGCCACGAGCGCGCCCUGUGCCACGUGCACGUGCUCGUGCGCGACGAGAACGACAACGCGCCGGCGUUCGCGCGGCCGCUGUUCACGUUCGCGGCGCCGCUCGCUCUGCCGCACAUGGCGGCCGUCGGCCAGCUGGAGGCGGCGGACGCGGACGGCGACCGGCUCAGCUUCCAGCUGGCCUCGCCCAGUGACGUGUUCGUCGUGGAGCCGCUGACGGGCCGCGUGCUGCUGGCCGGCGCGCCGCAGGCCAAGGCCUACGAGAUCCUGGUGUCGGUCAGCGACGUGCGGGACGGCAAGCGGCGGCGCGCAGCGGCCGCGCCUGCGCGCGUCCACGUCGAGUUCGGCGGCCCGGCGGUGGUGUUCCCGCCGCGGCGGCCGGUCGGCGGCGGCGGCGAGGUGGAUGACCACCACAUCGCCAAGCGUCGCGUGCGCCGCGCCGUGCGCCCCACCAAGCGGCUCGAGUUCCGCGAGCGCGAGGGCAACCAGGAGGGCAAGGCCAUGUUUCUGCUGGAGAAGGAGCUGGAGACGGAGACGUUCAAGAUCCGCGACGAGAACCCUUGGGUGACGGUCGAGCCGAACGGCCAGGUCAGCGUUAAGAAGCCCUGGGACUAUGAGGAGCUGGGCCACGAGAGGAGCAUCGACUUCUGGGUGACGGUCAAGAACGUGCACGGACUGUCGGGCGGACAGGGAGUACUGUCGUACAAAGGAGGCACCUACCAGGACAACCAGCGCAUCAUCAUCCGCGUGGAGGACGACAACGACGAGAACCCGUACUUCAUCAACCGGCCGCUGCCCAUGCAGGCGGUGGUGAAGCUAAACGCGCCGCCCAACACGCCCGUGUUCACGCUGCAGGCGCGCGACCCGGACACCCACCACAACAUCCACUACUUCCUCGUCAAGGACCGGACCGGCGGCCGUUUCCAGGUGGACGAGCGUUCGGGUGUGGUGCGCACGCGCGGCGCCGAGCCCUUCCAGCUGGACAUGGAGUACGUGCUGUACGUGAAGGCCGAGGACCAGAACGGCCGCGACGCGCUCGGCAAGUUCCAGGCAACCGAGGAGGAACGGCUCAGCAUCGUGGGUGGCAAGCGGCAGCCGCAGUUCUACAUGCCCGGCUACGAGGCCAAGAUCUUCGAAAACCACCAGAAGGACACCAAUGUCAUCGCCGUCAAGGCCAAGUCGUUCGCCGACCGCGAGAUUCGCUACACGCUGAAGGCGCAAGGCCUGGGCGCCGGCACGUUCAACAUCGGCCCCACUUCCGGCAUCGUCAAGCUGGCCAAGGAGCUGGACUUCGAGGACGUGCGGCAGCCGCACAUCUACUCGCUGGUGGUGACGGCCACCGAGGACUCGGGCGGCUUCUCCACGAGCGUCGAGCUGACCAUCAAGGUCAUGGACGUCAACGACAACGCGCCGAAGUUCGAGCUGCCCGACUACCAGACGCACAACGUGCCGGAGGACAUCCCGGUGGGCUCGGAGCUGCUGCGUGUCAAAGGCACGGACAGCGACAGCGGCACCAACGCCGACCUCUUCUACUCGGUCAGCGACGACCACUUCCGCGUCGACGACCAGGGCGCCAUCUACAACAACCGCGUCCUGGACGCCGACAACAACAACGGCCUGUACCAGUUCCUGGUGACGGCCACCGACCGAGGUGAGCCGGCCAAGACGGGCACGGCCACGGUGCGCGUCUACACCAAGAACAAGAACGACGAGGAGCCGCGCUUCACACAGCAGGUGUACACGCCGAACGUGGACGAGAACGCCGGCCCAAACGCGCUGGUCACCACCGUGGUGGCGUCGGACAAGGACGGCGACCGCGUCAAGUACGGCUUCGCCAACGGCGCCAACACUUACGGCCAGUUCAUGAUCGAGGAGAACACGGGAGUCAUCCGGCUGCGCAACGGCGCUAUCGAGCUCGACCGCGACAAGUACGAGGUGAACGUGACGGCCACGGACGACGGCUCGUGCUGCGAAGGUGGCGGACGCACCAUCCACACCAGCACCGCCGUGGUGGUUGUCUUCAUCACCGACGUCAACGACAACAAGCCCGUGUUCAAGGAGUGCAAGACGUACCGGCCGCGCGUCGAGGAGUCGGCCUCCAACGGACGGUUCGUGCUGGAAGUGAAAGCCACCGACGCCGACAAGGGUAUCAACGGCCAGGUCAAGUACAGCAUCGUGCAGCAGCCCAACCAGAAGGGCACCAAGUUCACCGUCGACGACGACACCGGCAAGAUCUACACCAACAAGGUGUUUGACCGCGAGGGCGACGACGGCAAGUUCGUCUCCGUGACGGUGAAGGCGAUGGACAAGGGCAAGCCAUCGCUGGAGGGCGUCUGCAGCUUCACGGUCGAGAUCCUAGACGUCAACGACAACCCGCCACUGUUCGAUCGACAGAAAUACGUGGAGAACGUCAAGCAGGACACGCACAUCGGCUUCAACAUCCUACGCGUGUCGGCGUCGGACGAGGACGCCGACAACAACGGCGUCAUCGUGUACAACCUGACGGCGCCCUACAACCCCAGCGACCUCGAGUACUUCUCCAUCCAGCCCGACAGCGGCUGGAUCACCCUGCAGAAACCGCUGGACCGCGAGACGUACCGGCUGACGGCGACGGCCGAGGACCGCGGCUACCCGCCGCUCUCGCGCACCGUCGACGUCCAGAUCGACGUGGUGGACCGGGCCAACAACCCGCCCAAGUGGGACCAGAUCGUCUACGGGCCCAUCUUCAUCCCCGAGGACAAGCCGGUCGGCUCGAGGGUCGCGCUGGUCAAGGCCAGCUCCGGCAUCGCCAACAACCCGACCGUCUUCUACCAGCUGAUCCGCGGCAGCACGGCCCAGACGAACAAGUACGACACGUUCUACCUGCAGGAGCGCUCGAUGAACGGCGAGACGUUCGCUGACAUUCAGGUCAACCAGCCGCUCGACUACGAGACCAUCAAGGAGUACAACCUCACCAUCCGCGUGGAGAACAACGGAGCGCAGCAGCUGGCAUCUGAGGCCACCAUCUACAUCGUGCUGGACGACGUGAACGACGAGAUCCCGCUGUUCACGGAGCGCGAGCAGGAGACGGUGCUGGAGGGCGAGCCGGCCGGCACCAAGGUCACCCAGGUCAACGCCAUCGACAAGGACGGAACGUUCCCCAACAAACAGGUCUACUACGCCAUCAUUGACUCGCCGCGCAACGAGGGCAAGGACUUCUUCGAGAUCAACGAGCACACGGGCGAGGUGUUCACCAAGGUGACGUUCGACCGCGAGGAGAAGCAGGCGUACGCGCUGGAGGUGGCGGCCCGCGACGGCGCGCCCUCUUCGCGCCGCCACUCGGACGGCAAGCCUAACACAGUGACCAAGUUCAUUCGGAUCGGCAUCUCGGACAAGAACGACAACCCGCCGUACUUCGACAAGCGGCUGUACGAGGCCGAGGUGGACGAGAACGAGGACAUCCAGCACAUCGUGCUCACCGUCGUCGCCAAGGACAUAGACGAGUCCUCGCGGAUCCGGUACGAGCUGACGCGGGGCAACGUGGGCGGGGCGUUCGGCGUCAAGAACAGCACCGGCGCCAUCUUCGUGGCCGGCCCGCUCGACUACGAGACCAGGAACCGGUACGAGCUACGGCUGGUGGCGUCCGACAACCUGAACGAGAACUUCACGGACGUGGUGAUCCACGUGCGGGACGUGAACGACAACCCGCCGCAGUUCGACAAGCCCGUGUAUCAGGCGCAGAUCACCGAGGAGGACGACCGCGGCCUGCCCAAGCUCAUCCUGCAGGUGACGGCGAAGGACAAGGACGUGGAGCGGCCUGCCGACAUCGUCUACUUCCUGACGGGCCAGGGCAUUGACCAGCACCACCCGCGCAACUCCAUGUUCACCGUCAACAAGACGUCCGGCGAGAUAUUCGUCACGAAGCCGCUGGACCGGGACAUGCCCAACGGCCGGCCCAAGUGGCGCUUCACCGUGUUCGCCCAGGACGAGGGCGGUGACGGGCUGGUGGGGUACGCCGAGGUCCAGGUCAACCUCAAGGACAUCAACGACAACGCGCCCAUCUUCCCCAAGGGCAUCUACCGCGGCAACGUGACCGAGAACGGCACCAAAGAGAUGAUGGUGAUGACCAUGACGGCCGAGGACUACGACGAUCCGGAGGAGGGCAGCAACGCCAAGCUAGCCUACAGCAUCGAGAAGAACGUGGUGGACGAGUCGUUCGGCAAGCCGAUCUUCGCCAUCGAGCCGGACACGGGCGUGAUUCGGACCAACGUGUGCUGUCUGGACCGCGAGAAGACGCCAGAGUACAGCAUCCAGGUGGUGGCCAUGGACGGAGGCGGCCUCAAGGGCACGGGCACGGCGGUGAUCCACGUGCGUGACAUCAACGACAUGCCGCCGCGGUUCAGCAAGUCGGUCUGGAACACGACCGUCGACGAGACGGACGGCGACGACCUGCCGGACAAGGCCAUCCUCACCGUGACCGUGCUGGACGAGGACGAGACCAACAAGUUCCACUACCGGGUUCUGGAGAAGACCGGCUACGGUGCCGACAAGUUCACCAUGGUCCGCAACAGCGACGACACGGGCUCCCUCAAGAUCGUGCAGCCGCUCGACUACGAGAAUGACAACGACCGCAGGGGCUUUACCUUCGAGAUCCAGGUGAACGACAAGGGCGAGGACCAGGGCGACGCCAACCACGUGGCGCGCGCGACCGUGCACGUCAAACUGCGCGACAUCAAUGACAACCGGCCCAUCUUCGACCGGCCCAACAUUGAGGUGCACGUCAAGGAGGACACCACCGUUGGCACGAGCUUGGAGACGUUCCACGCCACGGACCCCGACCAGGGCGGCCGCAGCAAGGUGUCGUACGCCAUCGACCGCGAGUCGGACCGCAAGCGCCAGUUCACCAUCAACGGCGCCGGCACCGUCUCCAUCCAGCGUGGCCUGGACCGCGAGGAGGUGCCGCGGCACCAUGUCAAGAUCCUGGCCAUCGACGACGGCGCGCCGCCCAAGACAGCCACCGCCACACUCACCGUCAUAGUGGACGACGUCAAUGAUAACGCGCCCACCUUCCUGGACGACUACCGGCCCGUGCUGAUGGAGAACGUGGCGCCGCGGGAGGUGGCCGAAAUCAUGGCGGCCGACGCCGACGACCGCAGCAGUCGCAACGGGCCGCCGUUUACGUUCAAGAUGGACCCGCGCGCCGACGACAUCAUUCGCUCCGGCUUCCGCGUCGAGCACGACCCCACGGGCAACAACGGCGACGGCAUGGCCGUAGUGCGCUCGCUCAAGUCCUUCGACCGCGAGGAGCGCGAGGAGUACCACGUGCCGAUCGUGAUCAGAGACGCCGGCGCGCCGCCGCUGUCCGGCACCUCAACCCUCACCGUCAUCAUCGGGGACGUCAACGACAACAAGAUGUACCCCGGCAGCAAGGAGGUGUUCGUCUAUAACUAUAAGGGCAUGAACCCGGACGUGGCCGUCGGCCGGGUGCACGUGACCGACAAGGACGACUGGGACCUGCCCGACAAGACGUUCUUCUGGGCCGGUGAAGAGCACCGCUCGUUCCGGCUGGACGAGGAGACGGGCAUGAUCACCAUGCUGCGCGGCACACUCGAGGGACGCUACUUCCUGCGCUUCCACGUGUUCGACCGCAAGCACACGCAGCGUGACAUUGACGCGAACGUGACGGUGGUGGUGCAGAACCUGCCGGAGGAGGCCGUGCUGAACUCGGGCUCGGUGCGCAUCGCCGGCCUCUCCGACGAGGACUUCAUCCGCAUAUUGGACGAACAGACGGGCACCGUCAAGAAGAGCCGCCUGGAGAUGUUCAGAGAGGUGGUGGCCGGUCUGGUGGGCACGGCGGUGGAGAACGUGGACGUGUUCUCGGUGCAGCUGAAGCGGGAGCGCCCGCCCAUCAUCGACGUCCGCUACUCGGCGCACGGCUCGCCCUACUACAAGGCGGUCAUGCUCGACGGCAUACUGUUCACCAACCGGCAGAAGGUGGAGGAGGAGGUGGGCAUCAACAUCACCAUGAUUGGGAUCGAUGAGUGCCUCUACGAGAACGUCAACUGUGAGGGAAGCUGCACCAACAACCUCGUCAUCUCCAGCGUACCGUACCUGAUCAACGCCAACAAGACGUCGAUGGUCGGCGUGCGCACGGAGACCACGUGCAGCUGCAGUCAGACGCCGUGCGAUGUGCGACGGUGCGCCGUCGUGCCAGCGUUCUUGUGACUGGCCCUGUGCCUGCUGCCACGGCCCCCGGCCGGCCGUGCUGACCGGAGCCGGCGUGUC